GCCUGGCCUUCGACGAGUGGGACCUCGACUACUACACGCGGCUCUUCCAGCGCGUUGGGCGCAACCCGACGUCCGUGGAGAUCUUCGACCUGGCCCAGUCCAACAGCGAGCACAGUCGUCAUUGGUUCUUCAAGGGGCGCCUGGUGCUGGAUGGGGAGGAGCUGCCCAAGUCGCUCUUUGAGAGCAUCAUGGACACGCAGAAGACGUCCAACGCCAACAACGUCAUCAAGUUCUGUGACAACAGCAG